AUGGCGCGGGCGAUGUUAGGAGAAAUCCAGGAGCACGAUGAGCGGCAACACGAGCGGGGGCACCCGCUGGAGAGGAGAUGGGUCUACCCUUGGGAGGAGGAGGACGAGAGACCGGCAGUGUACGCAGAACAGGAGGAGAUCUGGCUACCAGGAGAGCGGGAGGAGCAAGCCGUGGACAAGAAGCGGGAGGAAUUCAGCCAGUUGGAAGAGGCGAUUGAAAGGCGGAGACGCAGGGAAAGAUACGAGCGAGAAUUUGGCUGCAGUGACUUCGCUCUCAUGGCAGCAACGAAUGAGCAAGAUCCCGAGCAAGGGGAGACGGGAGACGAACAGCCGCAGGGCGGCACAAAAGCGGCGCAGCAGGCGGCAGAGGGGCCAAAGGAAGAAUUCCCCGCUUGUGAGGCCAAGCCCUCCUCCCUCGCUGCUUCUGCAUACCCAACUGCCUCAGCCACUCGAAAAAGUCACUAA